CUUCCACUUGCAGAUGGUUACGCGGAUCCCCCCGUCAGGCCUGUCAGAGCUGCUGCUGACUAUUCUCCAGCGGAGUGGCUGGCAGGAGGGCAUGGCUGUGCUGUGCCAGGGCUGGGAGGAGGCUGGCCUGCUGGAACUACUGGAGCUCCAGAGCCGCCUUGGCUGGGGCGCCACCCGCUGGCACCUCCGAGCCCUCCUCAAUCUCACCCGGGCCGGGCCCACAGAAUCCGAAAUCCAGGACUUCCUUACGGAACACUUCCGGGGACAGGGGCCAAGUCAGAUCCUGCCACCGGCUGCGGUACUGCUGUUCGGGGCCGACCCGGAGUGUGCAGCGGCGGUGCUGCGGAGCGCCCAGGACUUGGGGCUGACGCUGCCCACAGUGCACUGGGUGCUGGGCUACCCGCUGAGCCCCGACACCCUGCACUCCAUUGGCCUGCCCCUGGGGCUGCUGGCCUACGGUGAGGUGGAGCGCAAGCCGCUGGACUUCUACAUCCGCGACGCGCUGCAGCUGGUGGGCCAAGCUGUGGCAGCAGCCACAGUGGUGCGUCCCGACCUGGCGCUCAUCCAGAACAUGGUCAACUGCUACGACAAGCCUAACAAGCACGAGGUGCCCUCGUCCGGACAGUACCUCGCCAGAUUCCUGUCUAACACGUCGUUCUCGGGGCUGACAGGGCCGGUGUCGGUGCAGAGGAACCUGUCCCGGGUUCUCACCUCUCAGCGCUUCCACAUCUGGAGCCUGCGGCGGGAUGCGGUGGGCCAGCCCACCUGGGUGACGGUGGGCAGCUGGGAGGGGGGCCGCCUGAAGGUGGAGGACCAGAGCCUUUGGCAGGGUCCCAAUGGCAAGGGCCACGACCGGGGGGAGGGCCAGAGGAGUGGGGGUCGGUGGCAGCCAGGCCUGCCUGUGGCAGACAGCCGGGUGCGGGUAGUUACCCUGGUGGAGCACCCCUUUGUAUUCACGCGGGAAGUCGAUGAGGACGGGAACUGCCCGGCGGGACAGUACUGCCUGGACGCAGGGACGAACAGCUCGGACAUGCUGGAGAGCUACUUCAGCGAGCGUGCCUCGGGAAACUCUACCUUCCUGCCCACGGACUACAGCAAGUGUUGCUACGGAUACUGCAUUGACCUGCUGGAGAAACUGGCCGAGGACUUGCGCUUUGAGUACGACCUGUACAUCGUGGGUGACGGGAAGUAUGGAGCGUCGAAGAGCGGCCGCUGGACAGGGCUGGUGGGCGACCUCCUCAAUGGCGUGGCCGACAUGGCCGUCACCUCAUUCAGCAUUAACUCAGUGCGUAGCCGCGUCAUCGACUUCACCUCGCCCUUCUUCUCCACCUCGCUGGGCAUCCUGGUGCGCAGCAAGGACACAGCGGCGCCCAUUGGCGCCUUCAUGUGGCCCCUUCACUGGUCCAUGUGGGUGGGUAUCUUCGUGGCACUGCACAUCACCGCCCUCUUCCUCACCCUCUACGAGUGGAAAAGCCCUUUUGGCAUGACGCCACACGGACGCAACCGCCUGCGGGUCUUCUCCUACUCGUCGGCGCUCAACCUGUGCUACGCCAUCCUGUUCGGCCGCACAGUCUCCAGCAAGACUCCUAAGUGCUGGACGGGUCGGUUUCUGAUGAACCUGUGGGCCAUCUUCUGCCUGCUGGUGCUGUCCAGCUAUACAGCCAACCUGGCCGCCGUCAUGGUCGGCGAGAAGACCUUCGAGGAGCUCUCGGGGAUCCACGACGCCAAGCUCCACCACCCGUCCCAUGGUUUCAGGUUUGGGACGGUGAGGGAGAGCAGUGCCGAGGAGUACAUGAAGAAGAGUUUCCCAGAGAUGCACGAGUACAUGAGGCGCUACAAUGAGCCCACCACACCUGAUGGAGUGUCCACCCUCAAGGUAGAUCCCCCUCAGCUUGAUGCCUUCAUCAUGGACAAGGCCCUGCUGGACUACGAGGUGUCCAUCGACGCAGACUGCAAGCUGCUCACCGUGGGCAAACCCUUCGCCAUCGAAGGCUAUGGAAUAGGCCUCCCGCAGAACUCCCCUCUGACCAACAACGUGUCAGAGUUCAUCAGUCGCUACAAGUCAGACGGCUACAUGGACAUGCUGCACGACAAGUGGUACAAGGUGGUGCCCUGUGGGAAGAGGGUGUUCGCCGUCACUGAGACUCUCCAGAUGGGCAUCCGUCACUUCUCAGGGCUGUUUGUGCUGCUGUGUGUGGGCGUGGCCACGUCGCUGCUCACCCUGGCUGGGGAGCACGCCUUCUAUCACAUGGUGCUGCCCCGCAUCCGACGACGACAAAAGUACAAGUACUGGCUCCACACCAGCCAGAAAAUCCACCGAGCCCUGAACCAGACCUAUGAGGACGUGAAGAAGAAGCAAGACACCAACACAGAGAAAAGUAGCUGCUGCAUCCAGAAGAACCAGCACCCCCAGCCUCCCCCUGACCCUCUUCUCUCCAGGGCAUCGGCCAAGUGGAACAGCGAGAACAGCAGGGACGCUGCAGCCGCUAAGGACAACAAGCGCGUCCACUUUAACCUGGAGACCCUCAACAGCCGCCGCCUGCUGGCCCGGGCCGUGACCAAGUCCGAAGGGGACAGAGGGGGGGAAGGUAUCCCCGGGGCUAACCAGGCAACACGUGUCUGUGCAAAUGGAGGCUUCGGGACUUCCUUUGCCAACCUGGUGCUCUCCCUCCCCUCCGCCUCUUCUUCAUCCAUCCCUUCUUCAUCUUCCUCCUUGGGCGUUCCUCCAAGGUCAGGGGAGCUACAAGAGCUACAGGAGAAGAUCGACCUGAUCCGGGAUCAGCUAAGGACGGCUCUGGCCAGGAGGGCCGAGCUGCAGACUUCCCUGGCCAAGGAGAAGGCCGCCUGCUCUGCACCCAUAGUGUCAGGAAUGCCCCCCGUGGUUUUAGCUGCAGCAUCCCUCCCCACCUCCACCAAAACCACCUCGUCCCUCCCCUCCACCCGCUGUGCCACCACCAUGACAGACCCUGUCCUCAAGGCCCUGCCCACAGUCCGCACAGCCCCCGCCAAACACACCAACGAAAAGAGGUGAUGCCCCUCUGGUGUUUGGACACGGACCAAUCAAUGGUGUAGUAAGGGGUUAAAAAGGGAGGGGUUUGUUGAAAGCAGCUGGAUUCCCUUGGUUUGGAUGCAUCCUUUUCCUGUGAUCCUGAUGCCGUAGCAUGGCAGCUCUUUCCCUGGACACCAACCUUUCAAAAUGUGCGCAACCUCAGGCCUACUUGAAUACAGUAUAUCGUCCCAUGCGGUGGGGCUGGAGGUACCAGCACGCCCACCCAUGGCGCUGCAUCUGUUCUGUGAACUGAGCCAUUAAACUUUCUAGCGCUCACUCCUCUGCCACAGGACCCGACUCCCGCGGAGGAAUCAGGAGCGGUGCGUUAUGUUUUAUUUCCUUUCAGAUCCGAAUCGAUAUUGUUCACUGGCCUUGAUUGACAUGUUUUUCAAGAAUAAAAGUCUGAUGAAAGUU